CGCGGCCGUCCCCGAGCCGUGGUCCAGGCGCUCUCCUGCCCUCUUCCCGCUCCUUACUCCACACCCCCCCCAGCACUCCUUUGUACCCCUCCCUUUGGGACCCCCCCAGCCGCAUGGACUGUCCCGCAGCCCACUGAUGUCGCCCGCGACGAGGUGGAUCGGACCGCAGCGCCCAGACAGAGCUCUAAUGGUACCGAGUGACGGAGCCUUCUUGUGAGAGAGGGACCUCAGGACUCCAGAGAAGAUGUCGGCAAUCCAGGCCGUCUGGCCAUCCGGUACAGAAUGUAUUGCCAAGUACAACUUCCACGGCACUGCAGAGCAAGACCUGCCCUUCAGCAAAGGGGACGUUCUCACCAUAGUUGCCGUCACCAAGGACCCCAACUGGUACAAAGCCAAAAACAAGGUUGGCCGGGAGGGCAUCAUCCCAGCCAACUACGUGCAGAAGCGGGAAGGAGUGAAAGUGGGCACCAAGCUGAGCCUCAUGCCGUGGUUCCAUGGGAAGAUCACCCGCGAGCAGGCCGAGCGGCUGCUCUACCCGCCCGAGACCGGCCUGUUCCUGGUCCGAGAGAGCACCAACUACCCUGGCGACUACACGCUGUGCGUGAGCUGCGAGGGCAAGGUGGAACACUACCGGAUCAUCUACAACUCGAGCAAGCUCAGCAUCGACGAGGAGGUCUUCUUUGAGAACCUCAUGCAGCUGGUGGAGCACUAUACCACGGACGCCGACGGGCUCUGCACCCGCCUCAUCAAGCCCAAAGUCAUGGAGGGGACGGUGGCGGCCCAAGACGAGUUCUCCCGGAGCGGCUGGGCCCUCAACAUGAAGGACCUCAAGCUGCUUCAGACCAUCGGCAAGGGCGAGUUCGGAGACGUGAUGCUCGGGGACUAUCGGGGCAACAAAGUCGCCGUGAAGUGCAUUAAGAACGACGCCACCGCGCAGGCCUUCCUGGCAGAAGCCUCAGUCAUGACUUAUCCGAGAAUCCCCCUGAAGGACGUGGUCCCGAGAGUGGAGAAGGGCUACAAGAUGGACGCGCCGGAUGGCUGCCCGGCCGCCGUCUACGAGGUGAUGAGGAAUUGCUGGCACCUGGACGCGGCCCACCGGCCGUCCUUCCUGCAGCUUAGGGAACAGCUAGAACAUAUCAAAGCCCACGAGCUGCACCUGUGAACGCCGGGCGGGCGCCCCGGCCGCCUUCUUCCAUCCCCUUGACUCCCCUCGACACAGAGACUGAGGUGCUGUUGAGAACUGGACCGGCUCGGGCGGGAGCCCCCCCGGAAAGACUGCACAUCCCUCCGGCCUCCCCCGGUGCCGGGGUGCUGCUGGAGGGGCGCCGGGGGGCUCAGCCCGGGAGAGUGGGGAGCGGCAGGGGGGUCCUUCAUUCCAAAGGGACGCGUCCCGGCUUCCCCCGCUCCGCCCCCCCAGCCCCCCAGCCCCUCGCCGCCUCUUCUCUCCACCACAGGACGCCCAUCUUGGCCUGUCCCUCUCUCACAGGUCAGCCGAGCGGGGACCAAAGGGGUUCGGGGGGACCGCACUGAAAUGGGAGGAAGGGGCAGACUCCAUCCCUCGUCUCCCCGUCCUCCCAGCUCCUGCCUGCCUCUCCUUCUCAUUUUCUUCUUUCAUCCUCUUUUUUUAUGAUUUUUUUUUUUUUUUAUUAUUUUCAAGUUGAGGAGAAAAAAAAUACCCAGUUUGGGGCAUUUUACAAGAAGUACGAAUCUCAUUCUUAAUGUAUUAAGGGCAGAGGGGGAAGGGUAUGGAAAGACAAGAAGCGCCCCUCCCCGUCCCCCGUCAGAAGCAGUCCGUGCCCCCCUUUGCCCACUCCCAGCCUCGGGCCUGGUGUUUGCGCUUGACCCUGUCUCAGUGUUGCAUGCCGAUCCCAGAGGCCUUUGCGUUUCUGUCCGGUGCUUAAUCUCAUGUAUUGCUGCCCACCCUGUGAGAUGAAACUGUAAUAAACCAUUCCAUGAGGACACCCGA